AUGAAGUCUCUGGCCACCAAGUACCCACAGCCUUUGCCAUUGCUGCUGCUGCUGCUGCUGCUGCCACUGAAGCUUCAAGCGGACUAUUGGGAUGACACUGAAUAUGAACUAGAGCCAGAAUUUCGUGACUACUUAAGGGAACUUCAUGCUACAGGGCCUACCAAACAACCUACCAAAGAAAGAAUCAAAGAAAAGAUCAUUGCUGUUUACGAUCGACCUUUACAUGAUGACGAUUACUGUGAUAGUGAAAUGAAGACUAAAAGUAUUCACCACAGGCUGCUCUGUUAUAAAGAGCACUACUUUAUAAAGGCGGCCUAUACAGAGCUAAAAAGUGUCUGCCACGGCAAACGAGUGAAAUGUAAGGAUGGGAUUCAAUUUUGCAGAAGAAGCACAGACUUAAUGAGUGGAGUUCGAUGUACUUUAGUAAGUGGCGAGAGGAUGCCAUUCUGCUCAUACGAAAGUAAGGUCAUGCAAGGUUAUGUGGUUGUCACUUGUCAAUGGGACAGUGACUCCAAACAGUUUAUUCCUAACAACGUACUUGAGAUAUUGCCACCCAAGUAG